ACCAAUUUUCUCGCUCCCAGUACCCACAACAAUCGUCCCUGCGCCGUGCCGAUUAUUUUCUUGCUCUUUCUCUUUCACUUUCCAUCUUCUUCUCGGCCACUAAAUAAAAGAAAAGCGACGAGAAGCUGAGCUCAUUUUCUAUUUGGAAAGAUUUUGCAAGUUUAUAGCUUCAUAUUAGGUGUUAAGUGGAGUAGAACAGAGGGUGAGAGUAAUGGGAAGCGAAGAGACAAAAGACCCAUUGAAAGGGGUGGAUUGGAAAGCAGUUGGUACUGAUUUGCAGAAAGAUCCUGGUUCUAAGCCCGUCAUUAGGAAGCGUCUUCCCAAGAAGAUUAGGCAAAUUCCCGACUAUUAUUUCCUUCCCCGAAGAUCUCUAUCCUAUAACCUCGCUUUCUAUGGUGCCUGUAUUGCUGGUGGGAUUGGUGCUGGCAUGCUCUUGGAGAUCUGGAUUGACAAGAAAGUUAAAGAGGAUGGAGGCGUUAUAUGGGAGUUUGACAAAUAGGCAGAGAUGGUAUUAGGACAGUAAUGGCACUAUGAGGACCCUAUUUCGUUGUCAUUUUUUUAAAAUUUUUUUUUAAGUUUCUUGAUGAGGCAUAGGCUGUAUAAAAAGCUGAAAGAAUGAUUUCGAUGGUAAUAGUUUUGGGUGCAAAAUCUUUGUGAUUUAGCAUUAUUUUGUGAUUUUCGUUUCAAACUUGUCAUACUCUCCAGUUCCAAAAGCAAUAUUCAGAGCAUGUGAAAAUUGGAAAUUCUAA